UUUAUUUACUGUGUAUUAAUAGCAGCGACUGUUAUUGGUAACGGUAUCGUAUUGUUUAUAUUUUAUAAGAGGCCUAGUUUGCGUAUUCCUGUUAAUUUCUUCAUCAUUAAUUUAGCAAUUACCGAUAUUUUAACAGGCCUAACCAGACAACCAAUUAUUGUUAUCGAUUUGUUAAGUAGAGGAGAGUCAUUUAUUCAUACAAUCUGCGGCUUAAGUGGGGUAACGCUAUGUGUAUGUUAUGUCGUCACAAUCUUUACCUUGCUUGCAACAGCACUAUGUCGCUAUUUGGUUAUUGUACGCUCUUACGGUAGGAAGUUAUCGACGAAAGUUGUAGUAAUAAUUAUGUCUUUUAUCUGGGUUUAUGGAACAAUCGAUUGCUUAUUACCCAUCUUUGGUUGGAAUCGCUAUGUGUACCAACCCGAAGAAUACACUUGUUUACCUGAUUGGCAAGAUUCCAAAGGCGCCAGUUAUAUCAUUUAUAUUCUUAUCAUAGAUUCUUUAAUCCCUUGGACAGUAACUGCAGUAUGUUAUACCGGUAUUUAUUUAUUUAUUAAAAAACAUGUUCAUCACAUGCUUGGACAUCUUCAAGCUAACACUCUUACAGUCCAUCAACAAUUACAUUGCCAAGCAUUACAAAGGGAAGUCAAAAUUACUAAAGUCAUGUUUCUUUAUUUUCUAACAUUUAUUCUAUGCUAUAUGCCAUACUGCUUGACAAUGUUUAUUUUAGUUCCAAAUAAUUUCCACAUUUCCCAUCAUUUGGUUUUUUUUGUUGGUUGCUUAAUCAAUUUGAAUAGUGCAAUUAACCCAGUAUUAUAUGCUCUAUCGUCAAAGAAAUUUAGAAAAGCGUAUAACGAGAUAUUU